AUGGAAAUGUAUGAAGAUUUUCUGGAUCUGUCCAUGGGAAACCUCAAGGACUAUCUAAGUUUAAGGGGAUUGUCGACAACUGGCCGGAAGGUAGAACUGGUCGCAAGAGCUUUUUCUACCUUUAAAAUGAAGCUUCCAGUCCAAGUUUCCCAAGAGCAACACUUGGCCAGUUUGGAAAGGGAAUUCCAGGACAGACUACGCAAGUACGAUUUAUCAGAUCCUAAAUCCAGUGACACUGCACGGGUGGAUGACAUGACAAAAUGGCCACCAGUGGACCUUUGCAAGAUAUUUGCCUAUAUUCUGUCAAACAAAGAGUUUGUCUCAGAUUACAUUGAGAAAUACAAGGAUGAAAAAGCUUAUUCGUCCUGGAAAAGUAACUUUGUGGAUACCAUCCUUAUUGCAGACAACAAGGAUGGAAAGUGCGUGUUGCAAUGCAAGGUAACUCCAUCGCAGCGUAUCAGGGAGGACCCAAGAGAAGUCUGGGUGGCCCUCAAGAAAGAUGGAACUGUCUUGUGUGGUUGGUGCACAUGCAUUGCUGGCACGAGUGCAACAUGCAACCACAUAAUUGCAUCGCUUUACAAGGUGGAAUAUGCAUUCACCCAUGGUCAUACAGAUCCAUCAUGUACAUCACUCCCUUGCGGAUGGAAUGUAUCAACUAGGAGUGAUGCGCAGCCAGGAAAGAUAAUGGACAUGCGAAUCCGAAAAGAAAAGAGAACAACUGGAAAUGAAGAAAAUGAAGGAAUUAUUAUAGAUGAAUGGAGACAUUUUGAUCCAAGGAAAGAGUGGGAAAGGAAUGAGACUGAUGAGCAGAAAAAGGGAUUCUUGGCUGGAUACAAACAGAUCAGGCCCAAUGCACAAAUUUUCAAAAGUGUAGAGUCAGAAAAGCACAAUCAAAUGGACAGACCUUUAGAACUAACUAAAUUUGCAGAGAAUUUUACUGCAUCAUUAGAUGGUAGUGAGAGUGAACAGGACAUUAUAAAUAGAUUUUGGGAAGCUAUCCCCUUAAAUGCAACGGAGGUUUCCCAAAUUAAGCGAGAAACCAAGGGCCAAAGUGACUCAUUUUCUUGGAUCAGGCACAAAAAAGGACGGAUAACUGCAUCGAACUUUAAAGAUGUAUGCACAAAAGUUGACUCGCUUGCAAAAGCUCGAGGUUCUGUCAAACCACUAACAACUCCUCGUGUCUCAAAACUAGUUCUUUGAUGGCAGAACAUUGACCACAUCCCAUCAGUCAGGUGGGGCAAAGAAAAAGAAAAGAGGCGUAUAAUGAAUUUUAUGCAAGGCCUCUUUCAAAGCACCAAAACUGCAAGUUAA